UGAAUGGUGGAGUAGGCUUAAGGGAGUGAGUGGCCUACUCCUGCUCUGAAUUGAUUAUUUAUAGGGUUGGAAACGACGGGCCGAAUAGCCUAUUGCUAUAUUGUAAGUUUCUAUGGUUCUAUAAUUUUCACCACUGAUCUGCAUAUGCUUAGCUGUUAUGUUUCCCAAAAUGCAGGAUACAAUGGUUUGAUUUAUUGAUGACCUUUCUAUUCUCAUCACGUUACUGUGGGGCAGGUUAAAAUGUUGUAGAACAACAAUUCAUCAUGGAAUUAAAUUACAAGAACGGCCAUUUGAGAGUAAAAGCAUUAAGUGAUCUGGAAUGCACUGUCACUUAGAAAGUUGCACUGUGUGAAAUGUACAAAGGGUGCGCUGCCGCACUCCGCCAAUGUUACUUCAGCAGCAAAUCGUUUUGCUGACAAGGACAGGCUCGGUAAUGUUGUGGGAACACCGUGACCUCCAAGUUCCCCGGUGUUGGAGUUCCGCCGCUGUCCCUGCAUCCCGGCUGGGUCAAUAUCCUGGAAUUCCCCAAUUCACGUGUUGAUGGCAACAUCAAGGACUGCAACGUUCAAGGAGAAACCUGAGCAGCUGCGAGCCCGGACAACUGAAGGAUAUGCAAUAAAUUGCCCUCAGGAGGCACAUACAUCCUGAGGACAAUAUUAUUUCUGCUAAUUUUGCAGAAACAUUGCCGUGUGCUUUUGAAGAGAUCUGGAGUUAACGAGCUUGCAAAAAUGUUCCCCGGAUAUGGUUUCAUUUUCAAACAUCCGCUCCGUCUCCCCCAUUGUCAUUUCUGAUUGCACUUGCCUCACAUUGAAUUGAUCAGUUCCAUUCAUGCAAUAAACAGGAGCGGGGUGGCUGUAUCACCUGAUUGACUGAAGGGGCAAUGUUCUUGAGUUUAGAAUUAAAGGGAGGCGGUUCCUUUGUCUGCUUCCACCCUGGGACAGCAGAGCUGGGGGGGGAGCAGCGGGCAGAGUGAAGUGAAUUGGAAUAGAGUUCAAUAUCGUGCCCAUUUCAAGCCCGGAGCCCAGGGGUUGGGCUGAAAUGGGGGGGGGGUUCAAUGCCAAGGGAACCCUGACGCAUGCGCUGACGCCCACAGGCAGUGUAGCAGUGAGCAGCUGUGGGUGGGAUCGAACCGUGCAGGCAGCAAUUCCCAUUCUCCUGGAGGAGGGAAGGACACAGGCGUCUGAGUGGAGGGAGGGAGCGAGCGGAAAGUGCAACAUGGCCUGACUGUGCUGCAUUUGUGGAAGCUUGAGGAGAGGUGCGGUCAGAGCAGCUCAGGAUGCAACGGCCACUGAGUCAGCAGCAGAGUGCAUUGACCCUGCAUGACUCCGUGGGGCUGUUCAAUAAGAGGAAGAAAGCUUCUCUCCUGGUGAGCAGUGCCCUCCUCAUCGCCUCGGUGUUGAUUCUGACUGUCGGCUUGGCAGCCACUACAAGAACUCUGAAUGUUUCAGUUGGAGGAUAUUACCCGGGCGUCAUUCUUGGCUUUGGAUCAUUUCUUGGACUGAUUGGGGCAAAUCUGCUUGAAAAUAAAAGACAGAUGCUGGUGGCAUCGAUCGUGUUCAUCAGUUUUGGUGUAGUAGCAUCUUUCUGUUGUGCCAUUGUAGAUGGUGUAUUUGCUGCCAGACACAUCGAUAUCAAACCCUUCCAUGCAGGGAGAUGUCAGUAUUAUUCCAGUGAUACCUCUAAUCCUUCAGAUGACUACAAUGCAGAGGUGAUGUGCCCGAGUCAGUCACGUGCUCCCUGCGUGCUGAAAAUAAAGAGCAAUACCUGUUACUGUUGUGACCUUUAUAAAUGUGGCAGCCGAGAAACGUUGGGUGGCUACUACGAAUAUAAUGAUGUUGGAAGUUGCCAAGAGGUUAUCCACCUGUACCACUUGCUGUGGUCAUCGACGAUCCUCAACAUUGUGGGCUUGUUUCUUGGGAUUAUCACAGCAGCAGUCCUUGGAUCCUUUAAAGAUAUGACACCAACUGCUUCCCAGAUUACGUACGCACCUGAACCUCCAACUCCACCCAUAAUGUAUGAUCCUGGACAGCAGGUACUGGCCUACACAAACUUCUAUCCUGGGCCUCCGCAUCUGCCACCUUACAGCCCAUAUGAUAUUCAGCAUCCCAGUAUAUUCUCAGCCUCCACGCCAUCUGAUGAUUCACAGUCUAUUUCACAGUCUGCUUCAAGUUACAUGUGGCCGCCAAACACUCCUCCUCGCUACUCGCCAGCGUACUUCCCACCUGAUGAAAAGCCGCCACCCUACACACCAUAGAUCUCUACUUGUUUUCAUCAUCAUCACAGACUUUGAUCUUUUUGGAGACCUUCAUUGCAAAGGCAUCAUCCACCCAGAUCACUUUAUGAUCUCCAUAUGCAUACUCUUACACACAGUGAUGUGUUUGUAGAAACUCUUCUGUUAAAAAGAAACCAAAAGCAUAUCAUUCUGCUACUUGUUAAGGGUAUGUUAAUCAUAAUUUGUUGGAAAAUGAUGCACUUAUACUUUAGGUUGUAAUUACAAAAACAAAACUUUGGAAAGCUACAAACCACUGUCGGAUCAACCAUGAUCACAUUAACUGGUCAAACAGAAGUAAGAGGCAGAAUGGUCUACACUUGUUCCUAUCUUCCUAUGUUGCUAAUUUAUCAAUUAAGCUGUGCAAAUAUAUAAUUUAAAAGUAAAUGAUCAAUUUUA